ACGAAAUCAGGCAUCAUAAAAGUUUUAUGAAUAAAAACUUUCCCACAGGAUUUGGAAAUACCUGCAUGAAAUUUGUCGUGAUCAGGGGACCAGCAUAAUAAUUUCUACGCAUUACAUCGAAGAGACAAAAUUCUGCGAGAAGGUGGGUUUUAUGCGGGGUGGUCGUCUUCUUGCUGAGGGCACCCCAACUUCUCUGCUCUUGACACACGAAGCCGCAACAAUGGAGAAAUUAGUGUUCAAGUUGUGCCAACAUGAUAAAAAAGAAUCGAAUUAUCCUAAAUUUAAAUACCUUAAUGAUCCCGGUCUGGAAGAAGCGGUCGUUUUACCACCCAAGUCCCUCGCACCAAUCGUUCUGAAAUCGCACCAUAGAAAUGUGGACAAUAAUGGAUCAAAAAUUUAUGCACUCAUGUUUAAAUGGUUCCAUCGCAACCGCAGAGAUUUAAGAACAGGUUGCACGUGCUUCAACUUUGUAUUCCGGUCAUGGUCGUGUUCACUUUUCAAAAUGUGAUCGGUCCAGUACCAAACCGUGUAAAGCUGAGUUUUGUGCAUAAUUCUAACCUGAGUUACGCCGACGCCAUGCCAACAUACUGUGGGGCAAAUUUUCCUAACAGUUUGUCGCAAGAGGGUUUCGCCAACGUGGAGAUUUGCAGUUUCAUGGACACAUUUGAUAAAGAUGAAUUCAUUUGGGUCCCUGCCAUAUCGUACGAUGAGGGGCUUGAAAAAAUCAAACAGGGCAAAACCGCAGGACUCAUCGAGUUUCCGCAAAACUAUGCCAUACACUUAAAAAACCGACUAACUUUUCGAGAGUUUGCGGAUAAUAAGACAAUUUUUGGCUCCACGAUUUCAGUCCGAUUAGACGAAGCCGACCGGAUGUUGGCUCUCUGGAUGAGACAGACUAUUUUUGACAGAUAUCUUGUCUACGUAGGGAAUAUCUUGGCAUCCUGUUCCCUUCCUAGUGACCUUAGCAGAUCUCCGAUUCAUUCCCGUGCCAUUUAUGGGUCCACCGAAACAUUUGACUAUUUCGUCUUCGUACAACCUGCAUGCCUAGUUUUGAUAAUGUUUACCGUGGCGCUGGCAAUCCCCGCUUUACUGGUGGAGGAUAAGAUGUUAGGACUCGUGGAUAGAGACUUUGUAGCCGGAGUGCACUUAUGGCAUCACUUAACUUCUACUUUUGCCACCCAAAAUUUAAUCAUCUUAAUCCAAAUUGGAGUAGUUUUGGGAAUAAUGCAUGGUUUGUAUGGAAUGGUGAUUAAGGGUUCGUGGGUUACAGUCGUGGCGUUGAUGUACGUAACAGCUUUUACAGGAAUGUCAGUGGGUUUUCUCGUGGGUGCAUUUUGUGACCGUCUUAUGGAAAACAUUCUAAUCAUUCUGGGCAUGAUUACGUCCAUGAUAUUUACGACAGGAAUUUACUGGCCUUUGAUAAUGAGCACGUGGUGGUUUCGUCAAGUGGCCAACUUCAUCCCGAUGACACUUAUGGUCGACGCGAUGCGUUCAAUUUGUUCGAGAGGAUCGGGAAUGACAAACCCAAGCGUGGCUCUUGGCUUUUUAUCAGGGUGUUGUUGGAUUUCUGUUUCAUUGCUCGUCACAAUUUGUGCAGGAAGAUGGAGAUAUAAAUAAAAUAGGAAACUAUUUUUAGAAAAUUAAAUGUUUUUUGUAAGCGAUGUUUUUUUGAAGUAUUUCACACAAUUUAAAUGAGAAUAAUGCAUAUUCUACGAAUAUGUAAUAUGUAUGUAUGAAUCUAUCUUGUUUUAUUAAAGUUUGAUACUUAGAA